AUGAUUAUUCCUGAAAAAUUUAGUGGUUUAGAUCUCUCAAGCAUUAAACCAAUUAUGAAUCAGAAUUUGAUAGUAGCAAACAAAUACAAUUAUCGUAUCUACUCUAUUCCUGAUUUGAAAUAUAUAUUAGACGGCAUCAUUUUUAAUUAAAAAAUAAGAGCAAUGUAUUGCUAGAAUGAAUUCAUGUAUGUAGGAUGUGGAAAGAAAGUUUAUACAAUUAAAAGAAAUGUAAUAGAUGAAAAGGAAUACGAUGACAAAAUUGAAUAAAUUUUAGUAUUUCACCCAAUCAAGAUAAUAGCCACAAAACAUAAAUUACAUAUAAAUGAUAAUGUGAUGAGCUUUUAAGGUAUUAAAGGUAUUCUUCACAUUCCCACAUAUUUAAAUAAAAUUCUUUUGUACACCUCCCAAUACAUCAAAAUAAUUAACAUAGUUUCUCUCAGCAUCGUAACAACAAUAUUUUAAUAAUCCAUUUUCAAUAAAUAAGAAUAAACAAUUCAUUUAAUUAAGGAAACAUAAGCAUUAGAUAUAGUGGCCAUUGCCACUCAAAAUCCAAGUGAAAUUAUAUUUUUCAACUUAAUGACAUAUGAAGUCAUUACUCAAUAUGAAUUGGGAUUGUCCCAAAUCAAAGAUAUUCAAUUCAAUAAAUCUGGAAGUAUUCCCAUUAUGAGUGUUGUCUAAGACAAAUCCUUAAUUUUAUACAAUCUAAACUCACAAGAACUAAUAUAUACAUUUAAGCACGAACACUUAAUUGAUUGGGUUUUGUUUUUGGCAAAUAAUAAUUUAGUGAUAGGUUCCUAAUAAGGAAAUAGUAUUCAACAAUAUACAAUCGAAGAACAUAAAAUGAUGUAGUUAAUAAGGGAAAGGCAAGGUGUCAAAUAAAAUAUUGAAUAAUGCCAUUUUUAUGGAUAAUUGGGAGAACCAUAAAUUAAUUAUGUUGCAAUAACAAAAGAUGAGAUACUCUACUAAUCAAUUGUAAACCAAAACCUUACAGCUAUAAAAUAAGGAUAAAUAAGGAAUUUUUCUUUUUCUACUUUGAGAGAAAAUGAUUGGGCUAAUAUGUUGACAACAAAUAGUUCAAAUUAUGUUGAAUUUUGGAAUACCUAUUAAAAAAAACUAACCACAAAAGUGAAUGGACUAACUAGUCACGAAAGGAUAUUACAAACCUUUGUUUCUAAAUGUGGAAACUAUGGAUUUAUUGCAAACCUUAAUAAGAUUCAUAAGUUCAUAAUGCAGAGUGGAUUUUAUUAGAUGUCAUAUAAUUUAUAAUCAAAUUUCUUGUAAAUGUACAUAGAUCCAUCUAAUAUAUUCUUGAUUGUUGCUGAAGAGGGUUAAAUUGAGUAAUUGGAUUUUGUCUCUGGUUAAAACUUAAAAACCUUAAUGAUUGAAUCAAACGUUACAAAGAUUAUUGGAUCACAAUCAACUUAAAUUGCUGUUUUAUCCUUGCAAAAUCAUAAAAUUUUAGCAAUUGAUUAUUCAGCCAUGAAAAUUAUUCGAUCAUUUGAAGGUCAUAAUGAAAAAAUUUUGGAUAUGGCUAUGACUAUAAAUAAUUAACAUUUCAUAUCAACAUCUCUUGAUAAGAAGAUUAAGAUUUGGAAUUUAAUUUACGGAAAUUUAGUCUAAGAAAUUUCUAUCAACAAGGCUCUCAUUUCAAUAGACGUUUCAGAAAAUCAAUUAAUAGGAGUAUUUCUCAAUUCAAGACAAGUCAAUGUUUGGAUGAGUAACCUAAAUAAUCCUUAACAAAUUGCAAAGGCAAAAUUAAAAUGUCAUAUUAAUUUUCAUUCUGACCUCUCUAUAAAAUCAAAGGAUUAUAGAUCAAUUUUAUAUGGUAAUCAGAUUAAAUUGGCUUAAAAGAUGGAAGAAGAAAAAGAUUCCAAAGAGAAAUUGCUAAUUAACGACUCAUCUAAUAAUAAAGAAUUUAUUAGUUUCACAACUUUAGAAGAAGGAAGAUGGGUUCCUAUACAAAACAUUGAUUAAAUUAGGGAAAGAAAUAGAGUCAAGCUUGCUGAUGCUGAUGUAAAAAUGCCAUUCUUUUUGGAUUUCAGAAAUACUGAUGUUGAAAAAUAGAAUAUGUUAAAUGAAAUUAAGGAAUAAGUAAAGGAAAAAACUAAAAUUUUAAAAUAAAAGAAAGAUCAUUAUUUAGCUGAAUUGAAAUCGGAAUUUGAAGUUUUAGUCGAGUAAGAGGAUGUUAAAUUAAUUAAUUUAAUCAAAACUUUAAGUCCUUCUUCAUAUGAUUAUGAAUUAAGAAGUAUAUUGAUGGGUAAACCACAGAAUUAAAUUAAGAUUUUUAGAAUAUUUGAAGAAAGUCUUCAAACUACAACUGAUUUAGAUCUAAAAGUCACAUACUUGAUGAGAUUUAUAGAAGUAGCUAGAGAAGAUAUCGAUUUAUCAUUGGACGAAGAGUUAAAACAAACCUUGUUGAAGAUAAUAUAGAUCUUAGAAUCAUAAUGGGAUAAGUUAGAUGAUACAAGAUCCUAUAUUGAGUGCGUUAUUGAUUAUUCUAAAACUAUAAUUUGA